AUGAAUCGAAACAUUGAUCCUUCUAAAAUGUUCGACCGAAAAGCUCGACGUAACGAAAAGGCUAGACAAAGAUAUGCCUCUUUAACUGAGGAGCAGAAAGAAAUCCAACGGAAAAAACGCCGUGAUACCUAUAAAAGUAAAAAAGAAAAGACAAAGACUACUUUUACCUCCUCGUUAGUAUUGAGAGGAAAAGAUGAUGAGCACACCAGUAAUAAGCAACUGUUACAGCAGGCUUUUCGCAUUCAGGAACCUAACUGUGGUCAUAAGCACCACAGUGAGGCAGUUCCUGGAGACAAAGUUGAAGGUAAUCGAAGGCAGAAGGAGCAUGUUUCAGAAUUUUCAACAUAUCACAAAGGUUCUACUUCUACAGCUCGACGGAUAAAAAAGUGUCAGCAUUCUAAAGCGACCCAAUCUUCAGACCAACCACCCAUCUGCAACUCUUGCUAUAGCUUGCUUUCUGAAGCAAUGGAGGAUCUAACAGGAUAUUCAGUUGAACCUAAACGUUCAAGAGAAGCUAAACAUAUGUCAAGACGAAGGUGUAAACAGAAUUCAGUUAAAAGCUGUGGGGAAGACCAAAAUGCUUCGAUUAGGAAACAAAACAAUGUACGCAAACAACAUAAAAGGGUGGUGACGGGAAUUGAGGCAUUAUCUUCGAUAAGCUUGGAAGCUGAUAGAUUACCAGAGCAACAGAAUUGCAAGUACUGCGGAGCCAAAAAAUUUUAUUCUGAGUCUGCAAACUUUUGUUGCUCUGAUGGAGAAGUAGUCUUAGAAGAGAAUAAAAUGCCAGACAUAUUAAUAGAGCUAUUUACUGGUGAAACUGAAGAAGCAAUUUGUUUCAGAACCUAUGUAAGAACAUACAAUAGUAUGUUCGCUUUCACCUCUUUUGGAGUUAACUAUGAUAAAUCGCUUUGCCAAAGAAGAAACGGAAUAUAUACUUUCAAAAUUCAGGGCCAAACGUAUCAUUUUAUAAAUCAAUUGAUUCCCCAUGGAGGAUCGGGAAUGUUUUUGCAGUUAUACUUUCAUGAUACUGAACAUGAAAUCGCAAAUCGAUUGGCUUUUUCAACAAAACUAACUGAGAGCAUAGUGGUGAAACUCAUGGAACUCAUGAAAAGUAACCCUUAUGCCUGCUUUUUCCGAAGCCUGAGACAUGUUCCAGACUUGAACAAUUAUCAAAUAGUCCUGAAAUCUUACUGUCAAACUGAUCAGCGAGUCUUUAACAAGCCAACAGUAUCCCAAGUAGCUGCACUGUGGGUUGAAGGUGAAAACUCACAGGACAGCUAUGCUAGACACAUUCAAGUAUACACAAAAGAGGGUCAAAGCCGUAGAAUUCAAUAUUACUAUGGCUGUUAUGAUCCAUUGCAGUAUCCACUUCUAUUUCCCUUUGGCGAAACAGGGUGGCAACCUGGAAUUCAGAGAUCUGGCACUGGUAAUCCAAAAAAAAGGAAAAGGUCAGUUAGAAAUCAUCAACAGACUGCAACUUUAACAAGCUUCAGAUCUGCCGAAGAUAUAAUAGAAUCAGAAGAGAAAGCUUUCAAAAACUUUGAGAAUUCAAAGGAGAAUGUGUCCAUGCGUGAAUACUAUGCAUAUAGGUUCCAGAUGAGGGAGAAAAAUAAACCAAGUAUUCUUAAUACUGCCCGUGCAUUUCAACAGUAUGUAGUGGACAUGUACGUAAAAAUUGAGAGUCAAAGGCUUGAUUUUUUCCGGCAUAGGCAACAACAAAUUAGGACUGAGCAAUUACAGGGUGUCAUGGAUUCUGUAGUUGAGGGCCAAUGUAGAGGUUCAAAAGUAGGGCAACGAGUAAUUUUGCCAGCAUCUUUUAUAGGAGGUCCUCGUGAUAUGAAAAGAAGGUAUGUUGAUGCUAUGGCCUUAGUUCAAAAAUUCGGAAAACCUGACAUUUUUUUAACAAUGACUUGUAACCCAUCAUGGCCAGAAAUAAAAGAAAACUUACUGCCCACUGAUGAGUCUCAAAACCGUGUUGAUCUUUCUGCUAGAGUUUUUCAUGCCAAAUUAGAAAUUUUAAAAGAAGAGUUGUUUAAAAAAGAGGUAUUGGGUAAAGUAGCUGCUUACACCUAUGUUGUUGAAUUCCAAAAACGUGGGUUGCCGCAUGCACAUUUCUUAAUAAUUUUACACCCAGCGUCUAAAUUAUAUUCAACGGAAUCCUAUGAUCACAUAGUUUCUGCUGAGAUUCCAGACAAAAAAGAGCAUCCACACUUGUUUAAAAUGGUUCGCAAGCACAUGAUGCAUGGUCCUUGUGGCGAAAAAAAUGCAGAUAAUGUGUGUAUGCAAGGUACAACAGUUAAAAAAUGCAAAAAUCAUUAUCCUAAACAGUGGGCAGAAAAAACUACACAAUCUGAAAAUUCUUAUCCAACAUAUAGGCGGAGGAGCAAUAGAGAAAAGGUAAAAGUUCGAGGCCAUGAAUUGGAUAAUAGAUGGGUAGUUCCAUAUAAUCCUUACUUGUUAGCAAAAUUCAAUUGCCAUAUGAAUGUUGAAAUUUGCUCAACAAUAAAGGUAGUCAAGUAUACUUAUAAGUACAUAUAUAAGGGACAUGAUAAAAUACACUUUGCUGUGAAUUCAGAUGACAGAUCUAAAGAGAUAGAUGAAAUUAAGGAGUACCAAUCAGCAAGAUGGGUUUCUCCUAUUGAAGCCAUUUGGCGAAUUUACAGAUUUCCCUUAUUUGAAACACAUCCUGCUGUCAUUAACCUUCAGCUACAUCUUGAAAAUUACCAAUCUCUGACCUUCAAAGAUGAUGCUGAUCUUAGAGAUCUUUUGAAAAGUAAAUUUGCUAAGAAAAGUAUGCUAACUGAAUUUUUCCAUAUGAAUGCUACUGAUGAGAGAGCCAAAACAUUGAAAUGCACAUACAAAGAAUUUCCUGAACAUUUUGUGUGGAAACCUGGUAAACGCAUAUGGGAUAUUAGGCAACAAAGAGGUUCAAUAGGCCGAAUUGUUACAGCAAAUCCAAGUGAGGGUGAGAGGUACUUCUUAAGAUUAUUGUUAUUGAAUGUAAAAGGGCCAACAUCAUUUGAUGACCUGAAAACUGUCGAUGGUGUUUAUGUUAAUACCUUUAGAGAAGCAGCAAUAAUGAGAGGAUUAUUUGAAUCCAAUAACCCUCAAGAGCAGUGCCUAGAAGAAGCAGCUUUAUACCACAUGCCAUAUAGCUUUAGAAGACUAUUUGCUACCCUAUUAGUUUACUUCACUCCUGCUGAUCCAAGAAGUUUAUGGUUAAAAUUCAAAGAAUCUAUGUCAGAAGAUUUCAAUAGAACUUUGAAUUUGUCAAACGAUCAGGUCCAACAUAAAGUUCUCUAUGAGAUUAGCAAGUUCUUAGAAUCAAUGGGAAAAAACAUUAAUAUGUAUGGAUUAGUACCACGAAUCUUAAAGUUUGAUGAAAUGGAUAGAGGUACAAGAGACACAAAUUCUGAGCUAAACUUUAAAGUCAAUGAAGAAGAUAUUGCUGCUAUCUCUAAAUUAAAUGAGGAUCAAAAAGUAGCAUUUGAUACUAUCAUAGAUGCUGUUUUUAUACACAGCAAAGGAAGUUUCUUUAUUGAUGGGCCUGGGGGAACAGGGAAAACAUUCUUGUACCGUGCACUACUAGCUGCAGUUAGAUCAAAGGGAUGUAUAGCUUUGGCAACGGCCUCUUGUGGAGUAGCUGCUUCUAUCUUACCUGGAGGUAGAACAGCCCACUCACGAUUUAAAAUUCCUUUAGACAUGAAUCCUAACAACAUGUGCAAAGUAAGCAAACAAAGCUCAUUGGCAAAGUUAUUACAGCAAGCCAAAUUGAUCAUUUGGGAUGAAGCGCCUAUGACACAUAGAGCAGGAAUUGAGGGAGUAGAUCGUUUACUUAGAGACCUAAUGGAUAACUCUGAAUUAUUUGGGUCAAAAGUGAUGGUAUUUGGUGGUGAUUUUAGGCAAGUUCUGCCGGUAGUUGUAAAAGGGUCAAAAUCAGACUUUAUCGAAGCUAGCCUUGUAAAAUCUUAUAUUUGGCCUCAUCUGCAGAAAUUAAAAUUGAAGGAAAACAUGAGAGCAAGAUUAGAUCCUGAUUUUAGCAAGUACCUUCUUCGUAUAGGUAAUGGAACAGAAAACACAGUUAAAAAUGAAAGUAUUCACAUCUCUCAAGCAUUGCUUCUUCGCUAUACAAAUGAAGCAGAAUCCAUAAAUCAAUUGAUUACAACUGUCUAUCCAAACUUCAACAUAUUUUCUGAAAAUACAUACUCAUUAAUUAAUAGAGCAAUUUUAACUACAAAAAAUGAUUUUGUAGAUCAGAUCAAUGAAAAAUUGAUACAGGAAUUUCCCGGAACCCCAUUUGACUAUUUAAGCAGAGAUAAAUGUUUAGAUAAUUCGCAGCAAGCAAUUUUAGAGGACUUCAUGAAUAGCCACACUCCAAAUGGUUUUCCUCCACAUCGAUUGACAUUGAAAGAAAAUGCACCAAUAAUGUUGUUGAGAAACAUUGACCCACCAGAAGGUCUAUGUAAUGGAACAAGACUUCUAUGCAAAUCACUUAAACACAAUAUUAUAGAUGCAGUCAUAAGUUCUGGUGAAUUUGCUGGGAAGCAAGUAUUUCUACAUAGAAUUUGCUUUCGUGUUGAAAAUGACCCUAAUUCUCCUAUAUCUUUUGAACGAAUGCAAUUUCCUAUAAGACUUUGUUUUGCAAUGACCAUUAAUAAAGCUCAAGGGCAAACUUUAGAUUAUGUUGGCAUUUAUUUGCGAGAACCUGUUUUUUCACAUGGGCAGCUGUAUGUUGCAUUAUCUAGAGCUAAAAAUAGCAAAUCUGUUAAAAUUUUGAUCACACCUCCUGUAUAUGAUUCAAGUUUAGAUUAUGUGACUCCUAAUAUAGUUUACAAGGAUUUGUCUGCAGCACUCUUCAAACGUCAAAAAAUGGAAAGCAACCUGGUAAACUUCACAGAACUCCAACCUCUCAUGGACAACUGGACUGCCAUUGUUCAAGUGAUUGAAAAGCAAAAGGUUCAGGUUUCAAGAAAUGGAAAACGCUACCAAAAGUUGGUGUUUGUUGAUAGUCAGGGUCAAACUGCUCAAGCUCUAAUUUAUGCUGGAGAUAUAAUGUUCUUCAGGAAGUACUUUGAACCAUAUCGAAGAUAUUAUGUAUCGAAUGCUAGGAUUCAAAAUGUGUUGCCAAGGUACAGUACGUACCCAAAUGAGUGCUCAUGGACCAUUGACAACUCCACGCUUGUCCAAGAAAUCGAUGAAGUGGACCCCCCUCUGAUACCUAAUGUGUUUAACUUUGCUGACUACGAUUCAGUUUAUCAGCACAUUGACACAACUGAUGAAAUAGAUCUUAUUGGAAUAGCAAUUCACGUGCACCCGAAAGCAAUCAGAGGUGGAACACCAACUAGGGAUAUCAUUCUUACAGAUCAUAUGUCGCACCCAAUGGUACUGACCCUUUGGGGAGAGCAUGAAUCAGAAGAGGGACAAGACAUAGCUGAUAUGAUCCACACCCAACCUGUGGUUGCAGCGCUUCGAGUCCGAGUGACAUCUUACCAUGCCAUGCAUCUAUCCACCAAAUUCUCCAGCAGCAUACUAAUCAAUCCUCCAAUUCAGCAAGCCAAUGACCUGCGUAACUGGUGCAGUCACAAUCAAGAGGAAAUCACGCGUUUCAUUGCUGAGCGGACUUAUGGUGAUCGUCUCAAACUCCUACCUGUACCAGAUGAUGACAGAGUUAUAACUAUCAGCGAUCUCACAGCUGUGGUUGAGGCAAGGCCCUAUUGGAUUAGAGGCAUACCAAAACUUCUAGAUAGAAGUCAAAAGCUAUGGUACCAUUCAUGCCCCCACUGCUACAAAUACAUCAGAGCAAGGCCAGAUUGCGAGAUCACCUGCACUUCAUGCUACCAGCGCAUCCGUCUCACUCCACGCUGCAGACUAACAGUGCAAAUUAGUGAUAUGAGUGGUGCUAUAACUCUUGACCUGAGUGGUGAUGAUGCUGAACAACUCCUCCCAUUCUGCAUAAGUGACAUCCAAAAGCAAGAGCAGCAGGGAAAUGUCCAGUACGCCACUAUAGCAGAUUUCAUCAAGCAGAAAAACUUAGUUUGCUUGGUCAAGAAAUCAAAUACAAUCCACAGUUCCAGGAGCUCAGAAAAGUACAAUGCCAUAGUUGCCCAUAUCAACAAUGCUACUGCAGAAGAAAACUAUGUCAUCAGCAAAUAUAUCACCAACUACAAAGCUACAGCAUCCACUUGGGCAGCAGCACAAGAAGAACAUUCCAAAAAGAAUGUUACCGACAUGGCUGAAAAUAUGGCAAUAGAAAAAGUUGAUAGCAUAAUGGAAGGAGAAACACAAAGCAAAGGAGUGGAUCAACUCAGUCCUUCUAACACAGAAGAUAAGAAGAAAAAGGCAGCAGUUGCAGCAGCCCCAAUGAAACUCAGAGUCAACCCCACUAAGAAACACCGCACCUAAACUGCCAAAGCCCAUCCUUGAAGUUAUAUCCUUUGCGAAUGGAUCUUCAUUAUUCCUAAGUACUACUACUUUAACGGACAAACUUGGCUGAACUUUUCCUUUAUCUGUUCUAUGUAAAUAGAAGUAUCUAAAAUAAGACUGUUUCAAAUUAGGUUAAGUGCAAGGUGGUCU